GUGCUGCUGCUGCAAGCUGCUGGUGUUGCCGUGACGAUGAUAUCCUCCCCCCUCCCACACAUACACAGGAGAGGAGAGGGAGCAAACAAGACGCUAUCAUGACGCGGUGGCUUCAGGCUGGAAAACAGAAACUCACACUCAUCCCCUGCGUCUUAGGAAAACAUGGACACACACAGUCUGUCCUCAAUUUGAACCCUCUGUGAAUUAAACCAACACCGAGGGCCGUCGCUUUCCCCAAAAUCAGAACUAAAGAGGAUUGUACGACUGCUUUUUUUUCCGGGUGAUUUUCGACAGAUGUAUAUAUUAACAGAGGAAUAGACGAGACAUGGAAUCAGAAGGAUGUUUGCCGAUUUCUGGAUACCUGGACCUUCCUUUUUAACCCAACGGGAAUGUAAUGGAUUAAUGUUUCAGUGACUACAGGCUCAAACAAAGGGCAUGUCUGAAAUUUUAGUCCCUCCUUUUAGCAGCAGAGAGAUCAACAAAAUAAAGCUUUGACUAAAGUGGAUGAUUGUACACUUGACUUUCCAGCACUCUUCUCUGGAUGCUGUGCGGGAAAGUCCUGCAGUAAGGGGGGGUGUGUGGAUGUCUAAUCCCUCAGAUGUGACUGCAGGCUCCAGAAAAGGGCUGUGACUGAAUGUUUAGCCUCUUCUUCAACACGGCAUGCCUCUCCAAAGAUCUAACAAGUGCCAACAGCUUUCACAAGGAGUUUAAUUAAUAUUCUGGCUCUCCGUCUCGGCCACACGAUGGAGUAAAGUGCGAGUAAAGAAGUUUACCAAGGCAAACAAUACAAACCCACAGUAGGAAUACUUGUAUCUGAACAUCCAGCCCCUCCCCCUGGCCGCCGUGUGGAAUAAGGGGUGUGUUCGGAGGUUCACCCCCACCAGGCUGCCACUCGCAGAUGGAGGCUCACCAACACUCCCCAGAUAGCAGCAGUGAGGAGUGCACCGUCCUGGAGGCUCCACCUGGAAAAAACACCUGCCCACAACAUGCAGGGAAGGUGGCUGACCUGUACUGUUUGGCCUGCGAGUUGGCGCUGUGUGAGGAUUGUCUGUCGGACCAUGGAGAGCACCCUAAGGUGCCCCUCAGCCAGGCCCUGGAGCAGAACCGCAGCAGCCUGCAGGAGAGGCUGGGGAUUGUCCAGAACAGACUCCCUCAGCUUUCAGAUGCCUUGUCCUUUGUUAAGGAGAUCCUCCAGCAGCUGACCAAUCAGAGAACUUCCAUCGAAGAGGACAUCCAGUCGAGCUUCGAGGACCUGCACAAGCAGCUGGAUGUCCGGAAGAGCGUUCUGCUCAUGGAGCUCGAGGUCACAUAUGGACUCAAGCAGAAGGUUCUCCAGGCCCAGGUAGACAGCCUCGUUCGGGGGGAGGGGGAUAUCAAUGCCACCUGUACCCAGACGGAGGAGGCUCUGGCUGGGGAGGCAUGCGUGGCGAGCCUGCAGGUGGAGCGGGAGCUGGGGGAGAGGCUGGCAGAGCUAGCUAGCCUCGGCCUGCCGUGUCAGCCAGAGGAGAACGACCAGCUGGAUCUGGUGAUGGAGACGGACGGGCUGAGGAAGUCCAUACACAACCUGGGCACCAUCGUUACGACCAGUGCGGUGGCGAGCCAGAGCGAAGCCAUGGGCAUUGGCCUGGAGCAGUGCAUCGUGGGGCAUCCUGCCUCGGUUACCAUAGUAACGAGGGACAAGUCAGGGGGAGCCUGCAAGAGUGGCAAUGCGAUCCUGUCAGCUGAGGUGUUCACCCCAGACGGCAGCAUAGUGGACGGUGAAAUCGUGGACCACAAGAAUGGGACUUAUGAGUUUGUGUACACGGUGCCGAAGGAGGGCAACUUCUCAUUGGCCCUGCGUCUGUACGACCAGCACAUCAAAGGAAGCCCCUUCAAACUGACCGUCACCAGGGCUUAUGAGACAGAAGUAGAGUCGCUGUCUCUCCAGGUCUCUCCGUCCACCACCACGGCGACCAACUCCGCAGCCAACGCCACACCAUCCACAGGCUCCUCUGAGGGGGCCAAGAGACGAGGGAAGUCCCCUGGGCAGAAGAAGAAGGGCUCCAAAAGGGCCAGCAGCGCCCUGGGCACCCCACGACGUAAAACCCAGAACCCCAUUGAGGAUGACCUCAUCUUCAGGAUCGGAACAAAGGGGAGGAAUAAAGGAGAGUUCACCAACCUUCAAGGAGUGGCUGCCUCCUCCACCGGCAGGAUACUGAUCGCCGACAGCAACAAUCAGUGCGUCCAGAUUUUCUCCAAUGAGGGGGAAUUCAAGAGUCGUUUUGGGGUGCGGGGACGGUCACCAGGGCAACUGCAGCGACCCACGGGCGUGGCUGUUCACCCCAGCGGUGACAUCAUCAUUGCUGACUAUGACAACAAGUGGGUCAGCAUCUUCUCAAGCGAUGGCAAGUACAAGGCGAAGCUUGGCUCUGGCAGACUUAUGGGGCCAAAGGGGGUGUCCGUGGACCAGAACGGUCAUGUGAUCGUGGUUGACAACAAGGCGUGUACCGUCUUCAUCUUCCAGCUGACCGGCAAACUCAUCACCAAGUUUGGUAGUCGAGGCAACGGUGACAAGCAGUUUGCAGGUCCACACUUUGCAGCGGUGAAUAACAACAAUGAGAUCAUUGUGACCGACUUCCAUAACCACUCUGUCAAGGUUUUCACCCCUGAGGGAGAGUUGGUGUUGAAAUUUGGCUCAAACGGUGAGGGAAACGGCCAGUUCAAUGCUCCCACUGGUGUAGCUGUGGACGUUAAUGGGAACAUCAUCGUAGCUGACUGGGGAAAUAGCAGAAUUCAGGUGUUUGAUGGCAGUGGUUCCUUCCUCUCCUACAUCAACACUUCGGCCGACCCUCUCUAUGGUCCCCAAGGUCUGGCUCUGACCUCAGACGGACAUGUGGUGGUGGCAGACUCUGGCAACCACUGCUUCAAAGUCUACCGCUACCUACAAUGAUGGAGGCUUGGAUGGAGAAGUGAAGCGGAGGCAGGAGAGAUGAUCCGGGGGGAGCAGUUGUUGAAGACGGGAGAUACAAUGCACGAUGUCAAAUUAUUGCAUGAACCUCCAUUGCCGACUGUAAUGAUGGAAGGAGGUCUAAAAGUGAGGAAGAAACAAAGAAAAAGGAUUAGCUGAGCCAUUAUUACAUCACAAGACUAUGAAAGUAAAAGCUUGUAUUGGCAUCUUUGAUGAUUCUGAUAAAAUAAGAUAAUCAAAAAAUGAACCUGGAUAGCAGGAGAUGGUGGCUGUAACACUGGUCUUUGAGCUUUAUCCAUUCAAAAGUCUGAAGAACGUUAAGUGCCAGAUAAGGGGCAAUGUAAAGAUUCAAAUUUUCUGCCUUCAUGCAAGUUUGACAUACAUUGCAAAAUGGGAUGCAUGAAGGAUGCAAGAUUAGAGUAAAAAACAGCGAUGCCAAGACGGAUUAAUGAUGUCAAAUUCUCCCAGGUUGGCAUGAGCAUAACAACGGAGGACUGAAUGAAAACAGGCUUAAAAAAGAAAGGAAGGAUAAAUAAAGGCUGCAAGCGGGGAGGACGAAAACAUUGUUGGAAACCACUGCUUCCAAAAUCUACAUUGGAGUGAAUGAUGGAUCAAGAAAUCGAAGAGGCAUUAAAGGCAUGAAUGAAUAGAUAAAAGUUGGUGAUUCGAAAUGGAAUGGAAGGUCGAAAGAUUUCUAUUGCUCCGCCUUCUCGUAUUGUGUCUAACAGGUAAAAUAAUGGCCAGUGAGCUAAAAGAGGUCUGUGUCUUGGUUUGACAUAAUUUGCUACUCCACGCAACUACCACAGGUUACACCCACAGUAGUUUACAUUUGCACGCCAACUUCUGCACUAAUAUUUGGAGGCUAACUUUAGCUACCAAUGCUUAGUGGUUGUCAGUGUGCACUUGAGCAAAGCACUUAAGGAACUUUAAACUGGUCCAUCAAUAGUAAAUCUGUAAAUAUGAAGCAAAGAAUGGGUUAAAAAUUAAAGGGCAUUCUCACCCAACCAAAUUUCCUUUAACUGUAUCAUAAAAAGAGAUGUGUUAAGAACCUUUCACUCUGGGAUGAUCAUAGAGAAAUGAUUCGGAGACUAAGACAUUGGCCACUUUUAGCCUCUAGUCCAUUGUUUGUACAUUAGGAUUGUUUGAAUAUGGAAUGUUUAUUUUCUUUCUUGCCAUACGCUAGUAUUCUUUACAAGUCUUAGGCAAUAGAUUCAUCAUUAGAUAUGACUGCUUGACUCUGAUUCUGAUUGUUUGAAUGACUGAUUCAUUGGGUUGAUUGCAUUGAAGCAGCAUUGUCUAUCUAUGCUUGGUUUGAGUGUUCAUAUAUUUUUCCUCGGACAUCUGGAGCAAGGAGGAAGAAAAAAGAUCUAUAAAUCUAUCCUAUAUAUUUGUGAAAAUACCUUUAAUAUCAUGUAAAAUGUUCGAAAUAAUCAACAUAUUUGGAAUCAGCAACAUUUUUACACACUCCUUUCUGCUCAUCUCAGUAACAAAGUAACAAGAGGCUGGGGUGGGGUGGGGUGGGGGUGGGGUGGGGUGGGGUGGGGAUUCCGGAAUGUAUCGAUUCUUUCCACCAUGACUAAGGAUUCUAGAAUGCAUUAAGAAUUCCGAGAAGUGCUGUCGCUUGCUUGUACAAUUCCACAUGGUCCGCCAUCUCCCAUAAAAAGAAUACCUCAGUGUUCUAGAAGCAUGCCUCUGUAUUAUGUGAUUGUUGAACAUACCUGAUUUCCCAAACCCAAAAACAUGCCUGAUUUCAACUGUAAGCUCCCAUUUUAGAAACAGUUCACCAACACCUAAACAUAUUUACAGUAAUGUUAGGUACAGUAAAGGUCAAUUGCAAAGCAUUUACAAAUUACUUUUGGAAAAGUGCUAUAUGAUAGUAAUAAUCAUAACAAUAUGAAGCAUUUACAUCAAUUAUUGAAUAGGCAAGAAAAGCAUUUAAGUUACACGCAUCAACCCACAGUUGAACAGUUUCAUCAGCAUCAUUACUAUACAGAAUAACUAACAGAAGCUUGUGGUCAGCUGUUUACACUAUGUCGUCUAUCAGUCUUUAUUGAAGCAGGAAUUAAAAAACAAUAAUCAAAAACAUUAAUAUGUUCACAAUAGAUAAAAGGUUUUUCAAAUUUAUGUAAGUUAUUACUUCUAUUUAUUAAUUAAUUAAUUAAUUAAUUUAUUUAUUUAUUAUUUAUCUUUAUUAGGUAUUUUAAUAUUUAUAUCUUGCCAUUUGAUUGUGUUCCACCAUGUGCAUUGAAACUCUUAAGUGCCCAUUAUAUUUCUUCUUUUUAUACAUUUCAUCUGUUAAGUUGAAUCAAAAUAUGAUUGUUGGCAUUUGCUACAUUUUAUAUUGGUUAUUGUGAGUGGACAAAUCAGCGUUAAAAGUUUUAUUCUAUAAUUUUUUCUAAACAAAUGAAAGUUGUCAUGCUGGGUGGGGGGUGGGGAUACUCAAGCUAGCCAGUUAGCAAAAAGAGCUUGUUAGCAUUGCAUUUCUGAUUGAAACCAACGGACACCUUUACUGCUGGUUAGAUCAGGAGGUUCCUUUUGAAAUGCUAACACUGUCUAUUUUGUAAGAAAGUGUGCAACUAAGCUGACACAAUAGUUAUUGAUUGUUUGUAGACAUUUGUUUCAAUGUUGAAUGCUAACAAGGCAAGUCUGAAACUAGCAAUAGUUUAAAAACUGUGAGAUAAGUGCAUGUACAAUAAAAAAAUAUAGACUAAAAUUAAAUUAAAAUGUCAGUCCAAAAACAUGAGCUCAUGUUGUUUCCCUAAUUGUUCAGAUUGUGUGUCUGUUCAAGAGUCUGUUAAAAGUAAAUUUUCUGACUGUGUUUCAGCACGUAGUAGUGCUGCUACAGGAGAAGAUUUUAGGAUUUGAAGGCUCUAUUGAUUGUUUCAACAAAAUCAGACUGUUUUUUUUUUUUUUUUUUUUAAGUAAACUGGGCCUUGUCUGCUGGAUAUUCAGCCUUAACGUCAGUAAUAUGAAUGUUGUUUCAAAGUUGAUAUGAUAGAAUUGCCUUCUGAGUAAUGAUUUGAAAUUUAUUGCAAACAUAAGUUAUGAGUUAGCUUAAAACUGUUUCAGACAUUAAUAGCUAAUUUGCAGAUGCAUUUGAGGAAUUUUCACCAUUGAGUGAAAAAAAUCUUAAAAGAAAUUCCUUAACCAACACAACAGAUGCUAAAUUUGUCAUUACAAGUGUUUACACGUGGCUUGGGUGUGUCAGUGUCGGUUUGCUCCAUGACAUGAACAACAUUGUACAUCGCUUUUAUUUCUUUUUUUCCUCAAAUGGAUAUGUAGUAUUUUGGAGUACAGCUCUUAAAGUACCGACCAGUUUCUUACACUUUCACUUGCCUGCUCUUUCUCUCUCUGUAUUUACUAUCUGUCAUGUCUGUUCACUGUUAUGGACUCUCUCUUUAAUAUUCACACACACUCAACACUGAAAUAAAGCAUUGAUUCCUAAAUGGCA